AUGAAAGCAUUAAUAGAUGACAUUCUAAUUGAAUCACAAAUGGAAGAGGAACACGAAGAACAUCUAAGAUUGACACUGCAAAGGUUGAGGGAACAUCAACUAUACGGGAAAUUCAAGAAGUGCAAAUUUUGGCUAAAUCAAGUGGCAUUCUUAGGACACAUUAUUAGUAAGGAUGGUAUUAAAGUGGAUCCACUAAAGAUCGAAGUUGUAAAAGAUUGGCCACAAUCAAAGAAUGCUUCGGAAGUGAGAUGUUUUCUUGGGUUGGCAGGGUAUUACCAAAAAUUUGUAGAAGGGUUUUCUAAGAUUGCUAGGCCCUUGACAGAACUGACCAAAAAGGGUAUCAAGUUUGUAUGGACUAAGGAUUACGUAAGGUGCUUUGAAGAGUUGAAAGAUAGACUUAUCACAACACCUGUAUUAAGUCUACCCACAAAUAAUGAGAAAUUUGCGGUAUAUUGUGAUGCGUCAAAGAAGGGACUAGGGUGUGUAUUGAUGCAAGCGAAGAAGGUGGUAGCAUAUGCAUCUAGACAGUUGAAAUAA